AUGUCGGCGACCUCCAUGGCUCUUCUUCACCGUUCUCUUCAGAAAACACGCAUUUCUCCUUCUCAAUUUCUUUCCUCAAGAACCCUAAUUUCUUACGCUCGAUGUAAAUCUCUGUUACCAACUCCCCAAUCACGAGACAUCGCAAACUCGACUUCGCUUCUCCCUUCGCGGCGAUCCUACGCAGCGAAUUCUCCCUUCCGGUCCAAUCUCCUUCGAAUUAUAAGAAAUGAGAUCGAGUAUCAAUCGGAAUAUGCUCCUCCGCAUCAGCCGGCGACUGAAUUCAAAUCGUUCUCUGUCGAGGAUUGUCCCGGUGAACAAUGCAUUGUGAUGAAAGGGAAGUUUGGAGAAGAAGAAAACAUCAAAAUGGAAGCAACUAUGUUUGAUGGGUUUAUGUCUGUUCCGAGAACCGGUUUAGAUGCUUCAGGGCGCGAUGUCCGUCUCCACGUUAGCUUGCUUGUCGACAUUUCCAAGAUCGACGGAAGCGAAGAGAUCGAGUUCCUUUGCUCCGUCUGGCCCAACCGUAUCGAAAUUCAAAAGCUUUACAUGCUUAGACGCAACAAAAUCACUGGCCAGCCUUACAUGGGACGCGAUUUCGGGAGUUUGAAGUAUGAUUUUCAGACUGCGAUUAAGGAGUUUUUGCGAGUAAGAGGAAUAGACUCGGACCUUUGUUUUUUCUUGCAUGAAUAUAUGAUGAAUAAGGAUAGGAUUGAGCUCAUUCAAUGGUUGAGAAAGCUAAACUCAUUAAUUGCAAAAUAA